AUGAACAAGUUACAAAAUCACUUGGAUCCACAAAAAAUUUCGUCAAAGCUCAACUCAGAAACUGGAUCUGCAUCAGAGACUCCGUCAUACACUGAUUGGGAAGCACAGGAUCAAUGCCUAGUGGCUUGGCUCAUGUCAUCUAUGGAAGCAACCUUCGUCAAUCGUGUGGUUGAAUUUGAAUUUGCUUACCAAAUCUGGAAUGCACUUGAAGAUUAUUUUGCUGCGCGUGUGAAGUCAAGGAUCAAGCAGUUGAAGGCACAGCUGAAGACGCUCAAGAAGCACAGCUCCUCAGUCUCAGAAUACAUGGCAAAAAUUAAUCAGGUUGCUGAUUCUCUCAACGCGCUUGGAGCACCACUUUCCACAGAGGACUACAUUGAGGCAGUGCUUGGAGGACUAGGUGAAGAGUACAGUACCUUCAUCACAGUAACUAAUGGAAGAAUAGAUCAGUUGUCCGAAAGCGAAUUCGAAUCUCAGCUACAAACACAGGAAGAAUUGCUUGAAAGAUUUAGGAAAGUAGAUCUUGGAUAUGUUCAAGCAAAUCUAACGCAAAAAGGUGAUGCACCUAACAACAACUCCUACACCUUCAACAAUAAUUCCAACAAUUUCAGAGGUGACUUUAGAGGUGGACGUACCAGAGGGUUCAGAGGCGGAGGCGGCAGAUCCUCGUGGUGGCAAGGUAAUCGGCCUCAGUGCCAAGUGUGUGGGAAGAUAGGACACAUUGCGUUGAAAUGUUACCAUCGCUUUGACCAGAGCUAUACUAAUCCACAACUCCAACCUCUCAAUGCUGCGCCUCCUCCUUCCAUGGCAUUCCACAACGGCAAACAAGUGCAACAUCACACGCCACAAUCCAGCCCUCAACAGCCUGCUGCUCCAAGUCCUCAGGCCUACAUUGCCUUGCCCUCUGCAGUGCCUGAUGCCGGCUGGUAUCCGGACUCUGGAGCGUCACACCAUAUUACCUUUGACCAGAGUAACCUCAACACAGGAUCAGAAUAUGAUGGAUCACAACAGGUAUAUGGUGGUAAUGGCCAAGGUAUGAAAAUUACACAUGUUGGAAAUUCUAUAUUGCAUGCAUCUUUAUCAAAUAGACCAUUUAGAAUGCAAAACCUGCUCCAUGUUCCCAACAUUUCAAAAAAUUUAAUAAGUGUAGCCAAGUUUGCCCUGGAUAAUUAUGUUUUCUUUGAGUUUUGGCCUUAUCUAUGCAAUGUGAAAUGUCAGAUAACCAGACAGGUUCUACUACAAGGACUCCUUAAGGAUGGCCUCUACAAAUUUGAAGGAAUUUCAGUCAACACAAGUUCUAAUACUCCACACACCACCUCACUGCCUCUUCAUACACCUAUCAGUGCAAACACCUUGACUCAAACACCUCCCUCAACCAUAAAACCCAAUAAAACAAAUACACAUACCUGUGUAGCCUCAGAAUCUGCACCCUAUGCCACUGCUGCUCUUGUUCCUACUGCUGUCCGUAUGGCUCCUGUUUCUGCAGCAACCACAUAUGGGAAUAUCAGUGAAUGUCACACCUCUAUAGGAAAUGUAUAUGCAAACAUUACAUGUAAAAAUAGUACCCAAACUAUGCAGUUAUGGCAUCGAAAGCUUGGUCACCCCGGUGACAAAAUAGUUAGUCUUGUCAUGAAAGAAUGUAAUAUCCCUCAUGAAUCAAUAAAUAAAGAAAAUUCUAUUCCUACUUUGUGUCAAUCAUGCUGCAUCAGUAAACUGCAUCAGUUACCUCACCCUGAGUCCCUCACAUCCUACAAACCUCUAGAACUCGUGUUCUCAGAUAUUUGGGGUCCAGCCCCUGUUUACAGCAGACUAGGCCACAGAUACUACAUCUGCUUUAUUGAUGCGAGCACUAGGUAUACCUGCACCUAUUUGUUGGAAUCAAAGGGUCAAGCCUUUGACGCAUUUGUGAAGUUUAAAGCACUCAUUGAAAACAAAACAGGCUUAAAGAUUAAAUCCAUCCAAACAGAUAAUGCAAAGGAAUAUGUCUCAAAUGCAUUCACAGCCUACCUUGCCUCUAAUGAAAUCCAUCACAGACUAACAUGUCCCUACUCCUAUCAACAAAACGGGACCAUUGAAAGAAAACAUUGCCACAUUACUGAAACUGUCCUUACACUACUAGCUCAGGCUUCCUUACCCUUAUCUUUUUGGGGAGAUGCUACCCUCUCUGCCACUUACCUCAUCAACCGACUACCCAGCCCAACUCUCUCCUGCAGGUCCCCAUUGGAACUUCUCACUGGCCGGAAACCUGACUACUUAUUCCUUAAGCCGUUUGGCUGUACAUGCUACCCCCUCCUCAAACACUACAACCCCCACAAGUUUGACUUCAAAUCUCAUCAAUGUAUCUUCAUUGGGUACUCAGACAACCAGAAAGGGUAUCGAUGCCUGUCCCCACUAGGAAAGGAGUUUGUUUCUAGAGAUGUUGUCUUCAAUGAAUCCGAAUUCCCAUUCCCCCAUCUAUUCCCUAUCUCAACUAACCCUCCUCCAGUGUCACAAACUCUAAUCAACCUAGGUCCCCUCCUAUUCUCUCUUCCUACUCUGUCUCACCAGCCUCUAGCACCCUCCUCUCAGCCACAGCAGCCCCUCCCUCAACCCCUAUCUCAACCCUCUAAUGCCUCUCCCCUCCCAACCCCCAGUCCAAUGCAUUCAUCAUAUAGAAUUUCCAAUAGUGUUAAUUGUAUACCUGUGUCCCAACCUUCUGCAUCUGUUUGUUUUCCUGAUUCUUCUAAUGUUGUGGUUGAUGUUUCGUCUGAUCCUAAUGCCCCUGCAAGUGCUGUUUUGGAGAAUUUGCAGGUGCCGCAACUGCCGCUUGUGGGAGUCCCUCCAUCGAAUGCUCACCCAAUGCAAACUCAGAGCAAAUCGGGGAUCUUCAAGCCACGCUCGUUCGCUACUGUGGUUCGUGAGGGCUCUGCACGGCGCGACUCUGCUUCCGAGACGCCGGCGGUGGUUCCUGCCUCAGACCCAGUCGGCGGCGGUGGCGCUUUUAGUCUUCAGGCCCUCAUGGCGGUGCCAGCUGCAGGUGCUGCCAAGUCCGCCCGAGCCCUAGCUUCUGCGGCAGCCUCUGACCUUGUGUCUCGCAUCCCUAAUUCUGUGGGUGAGGCGUUGUGUAGUCCCCACUGGCGUGAGGCAAUGUAG